ACCCACUGAAAAACUCCACUACCUCAUGAGUGCUUCACAAUUGAUUUAGUAACUCACCUUAGAGGUAUAUCUUCUUUUACCUGCUGUCUAAUAAGAAACUAUCACAUAUAAAUACCCUUAGUUUUUACAGUCACAACAAGUAAGGUAGGAAAGGUCCAGGAAGAGCCAAAAAUGGAGCCAGAAGACAAGGAAGGGAGCUAUCCUUUGCUUUAUGCUGACUCAGUGCCGAUGCAAAUGGACAAUAACUUCUUACAUCUGCCAGUUCCCUUUACUGAUAACACCGACAAUACGGUGUUUACAAGGUACAAAGUUUUCAGAGCAGCAUCUGAGGGGGAUGCUGCACAACUUGACGGCCUGCUUCAAUACCUGCAAGUCAAUAAGAAGCGACUUACGAGCCCAGAUUUUAUAGAUGAAUCUAAUGGGAAAACAGCUCUCAUAAAAGCUUUGCUGAAACUGAAAGAUGGCAAAAACGACACCAUUGAAGUAUUGAUUGACAUAGCAGAGAAGACCGAAGACGUAGACAGUUUUAUCAAUGCAGCUUACACAGAUGACUGUUAUAAAGGCCAGACGGCCUUACAUGUCGCCAUUGAAAGAAGGGCGUUUGACUACGUAAAGCUGCUGGUGGAAAAAGGGGCUGAUGUCCAAGCAAAGGCCAGUGGGACAUUUUUCCAGCGUAACUUAAAGCUCGGCUUCUAUUUUGGUGAGCUGCCUCUGUCCCUGGCUGCCUGCACCAAUCAGCCAGAAAUAGUUUCAUUUCUCAUGGAGAACCCUUAUAGCAAAGCCGAUCCUACUGACAAAGACGCCCAAGGGAACACAGUUUUGCACACUCUGGUGGUGAUAGCAGACAACACACAAGAAAACACAGAAAUUGUUGCAAGUAUGUAUGACAAAAUCCUUGUUCAGCACUACAAGCUCAACAAAGACAGCAACAUACAGCUGGAAUCGAUUGAGAACAAUAACGGUCUGACCCCGCUGAAGUUAGCUGCCAAACUCGGCAAGAUCGGGCUUUUCAGGCACAUAUUGAACAGAGAAUUUACGGACAAGGAGACAUGGCGACUAUCAAGAAAGUUCAUUGAAUGGGUCUAUGGACCCGUUCACUCUUCUCUUUAUGACACAACUUUCAUUGACACCAAUGAAGACAACUCUGUGCUGGAGAUUAUCAUCUAUGGGAAAGAAGUUCCGAAUCGCCCAGAGAUGCUGAAGAUCGAACCUCUACACAGCCUUCUUCAGGAUAAAUGGAAUGGAUUUGGUUCCAGGUUUUUCUUGGUGAGGUUCAUAUUUUAUCUAAUGUAUCUGGCCAUCUUCACCAUUGUGACCUUCUACAGAAAAGAUGGAAAGCCACCCUUUGCAGUGGAGAACACCCCAGAAGAUCACCUCCGCUGUAUGGGUGAAAUUAUCAGUGUCCUUGGAGCUGUGUGGUUUCUCUAUAAAAAUAUAACUACUUUCAAGAAGAACCCCCCAAAUCUAAGUAAUCUAUUUACUGAUGGAUUCAGUGAAAUUCUGUUUUUCCUGCAGGCAAUCCUUCUUCUGGUCUGUGUAAUCUUGUACUUCUGCGGACGGAGGGAAUACGUCGGGCUCCUUGUUCUGUCUUUAGCUCUUGCCUGGAUGAAUGUUUUGUAUUACACAAGAGGUUCGAAGGAGCUGGGGAUCUACAAUGUCAUGAUGCAAAGGAUGAUCCUGGGUGACCUUCUACGCUUUUUAAGCGUCUACAUGAUCCUGCUUUUUGGAUUUUCCGCUGCUGUUUGUGCCCUAAUGAAAGACUCACCAGAAGAUGAAAGAAAUAAGAAUUUGGGACUAGGAAGCAGCAUAGAUGUCAAAGCGACCGAAUGCAGCAAGCCGAGUUAUAAUGACAUCCGCUUCACCAUACUGGAAAUGUUCAAGUUCACGAUCGGAAUGGGAGACCUGCAGUUCGCCGACAAUGUUGAAUACAUGGCAGUUUUCCAAAUCCUGCUCAUCGGCUACAUCGUCCUCACUUACAUCCUGAUGCUCAACAUGCUCAUCGCUCUGAUGGGCUUCACAGUGGAAAGACUCUCAGGGCAAAGUGAAACUAUUUGGAACCUACAGAGAGCUUCCACAAUUUUGGACAUGGAGCGCACUUUGCCGCAGUGCUUGAGAAGUAAACUGUACUCCGGAGCAACAGAGACGUUGCCCUUCGAAAACGAGCAGGACAAGGCUCGUAAUUUUGUCAGAGUGACUGAAAUAAACUUGAAAAAAUGGCGAUCCAAUCUUGGCAUUGAGCGAGAUGAAGACCCUGGAGACAUAGAGAGGCACAAGAACAAACCUAGGACUCGUUGGAACCUAGAUAAGGUGCUCCAAAAUAUUCACUUGAGAAGACAUCGAUCGAAUGACACCAGCGUUGCUUAGGUCAAACUCCUAAGGUUUUUUUUGUUUUGUUUUUCUUGUGGACAUAUUUUUUUCAGAUCUUACCAUAUCCUUUUUUCUUAAAGGCAUACAGUGUAACUUUUGGCCACUAGGGAUGCUAGACCUGUAACUUUCAUGUCUAGCAUCCCUAGUGGCCACAAGCGCCGCAGCACUGUCGCGAAUGUCAACAAGCAGUCAGACGU